CGAGGAGGCAGGCUCUGCCCGAGCAGCACUGCCCCACCACCGGCAGCGGCAGCCCGCUUCCCAUCCUCGCUGUCAGCACCUGCGCCGCCUCCUUGGUGCACAGCGAGGGUCCUCCUGUCCCGGGCAGGAUGGGCCAGGCCAACUGCUGCUGCGGCUCCAGGGAGGCUCUGAGCGAGGCCGAGGCGGUGCUGAGCGCAGACGUGCGGCUGAGCCGGGGCCGCAAGAGGAGCGAGAGGCGCCUUCUCCUCCUCCCAGAGGAACUGGUCAUCGCCAAGUUGCAAGAUGACCCCAGCCUGCGCCCACAGCUCCGCCUGGCCCUGGACCAGCUGUGGGUGCUGAGCAGCGGGAAGGAGGCGGCGGGGGAGGAAGAAGCAGCCAAGGAGGAGGAGGAAGGCAGCGAGGAGGACAGCGCCUCCCUCCUCUUGGUGUGGCCCACGGGCUCCUGCCUGGCCACUUUCGGGUCCCGGGCGCUGAAGGAGCUGUGGGUGGGCGCCCUGCUGGGGACGCCCGAAGGAGACAAGAGAGCCCGCCUGACGCGUCUCCCGUCGCUUCAACUCGUCGAGAAGGAGCUGAGCCGCCGCCAUGCCUGGAGGCCAUUCAACGCCAGGAGCCUGGAGAGGCUGAUGGAGCGCCAGGCAAAGGAUGCUCGCAAGCCAGGGCCUCUGCCGGCCCCGUCAAGCACCGAAGGGGGACUUUGCCGCUCCCCAGGUGAGUUUUGGAAAGAAAGGCGGGGAGGGCCUUCUUUUCUCCUGCAACGGGCACGUCUGCGGAAGUGAGGAUGCUGCUGCUGUUGCUGCUGCUGCCCUUCGCCCAGAGGAAGUUGGUGCCAGUCCCGCUGGAGCAGGAGAGAGCCGAGCCGUCGGCACCGUUUGACAGUGCUGAGCGCUCAAGGUGCUGCCUGCCUCAGCUGCGUCCCCAGAGGCGGGUCGAUGGGUCCUCGCUCCUCGGCCAGAGGCGGGAGGAGCUGUGCUCACUUGUCCCUUGAGUGUCACCAUGCAGGUUGGGCAGCCCGAGGGAGGACGUCAGCUGGAGCAGCAAGGACACGCGCUGGGCAGCAGCCGCUGGACGUGGUUGUGCGGGGCCACGGAGGCUCUGGUGUUGCCCGCAGCUUGGCGGAGGGCAGGGCGAGGUCUGGGCCGGGCUGUCCCGGUGGCCCGCCGGCUCUCCGGAGCCUCCGAGCCGGAGCCACCGCUGCAGCUGCUGGCUCCCUGCCCGUCCUGCCGCAGCGCUCAGCACCGCUCUGCAGGCAGGGCAGGGCAGGGCAGGGCAGGGCAG